AGAGAUGGGAGGCAACGCUCCCUUGACAUCGAUGGUACAACCCUGUAUGGCAGCGGGCGGGGAAGGUUCUGACACAUGACGGUGUGUUGUUGGUCUUUGUUGUGCUGGUCCAGUGUGUCAUGACCGCUGGAGCUCCUGUCCACUCAAACGACUUGACCUAGCUCCGCUAUUUAUACCGUCAUUCAUUGGUGGAAGAUAGAGAAGCUAUGUUGCAGAUACGGAAGUGUGGAGGAGGCGACUAAGAGGUGCCGCAGAUGAGGUCCGGGGACAGACGUCGGCCAUGGUGAACCGCGGACUCUGGAUGUUCAAGCCGAGGAUCGGAAAGCGGGUGGGCAGGUUUGGGGUUCUGCAUUAUCUAUGCGCAGUUUUAGUUAGCGCAGCGUUGUUUGCGGUGCUGUUCAUGGACCUCAUCGAGCUAUGGGUGACAUCAUUGAGAAUGAACAAGGUGGUGGAGCCGCACGCUGGCGUCGUUCUUCCGCAGAGCGCCCCGCAGACCAGACCGGAAGAGUUCCUGCUGAUGCCCAGUCCUCUGGUGUGCCAACGAGCCAAGCCCUAUCUCAUCACCAUGGUGACCUCUGGACCUGCCAACCAGAGGGCUCGCCAGGCCAUCAGGGACACGUGGGGAGGGGAGGUGGAGGUGAUGGGUUUAAGGGUCAUGACCUUUUUCAUGGUGGGGGUAGCUUCUGACCCAGGACUGGCAAAGCUGCUGAUCGCAGAAGCAAAGGAACGAGGGGACCUGAUCCAGGGACGCUUCCUGGACUCUUACCGAAACCUGACCCUGAAGACCAUCUCCAUGCUGAGCUGGGCUCGCAGUUUCUGCCCCCAGGUUCACCUCGUGGCCAAGGUGGACGAUGACGUGCUGUUCAAUCCCAGUGCCCUCCUGCAAUUCAUCAACAAAAGCCAGAACCCCUAUGAACAAGGUGACCUGUACCUCGGCAGGGUGCACCUGAACGUGGCCCCCAUUCGGGAUCCGCAUAGCAAGCACUUCCUCCCAGCCGGUGCCUACCCUCCCUCAGUCUUCCCGGACUACUGCAGUGGAACAGCAUAUGUCCUCUCUCGCUCUGCACUGCUGAAAAUCUCCCUGGCAGCUUCUGCAUCACCUCUGUCCACUCCUCUGCCCCCCGAGGAUGUGUUUGUGGGGCUGUGUGCCCGGACUGCAGGGGUGCUCCCCUCUCACAGCCCCCUCUUCUCCGGCAGCAUGGCUGUGCCGUAUGAGCGUUGCUGCUAUCAGGCCAUGAUCUCCGUGCAUCACAUCCCACCCAGGGAGAUGCUGCACUAUUGGGCAGACAUGCACUCCUCUCCCUGCUCCUGGAUCAGCAUCCGCUCUGCUCUUGGACUCUGCAAAGUUAGGGCCAUGCUGGGGGCCAGUUCAGGCUAAAGAGAGCGUCACUUUAUCCACGAUUGCACUGGAGACAGACCGCCACUCAUCACUGCCUUUUGCCCAGUCAGUUAACAUAAAUGCAUGCUGGACUGAGUCAGGAAAAGAGUGGCAGAAGGUCUGAAGAUGGAUACAAACUGACAGCUUUGUUUUUGGAUUGGUAACAUUUGGAUUGGGGAACAUAUAUUACCAUAAAUAAACGACUCAUUCAGAUGUGUCUGAGCAACAGAUCAGAGUAUAAUUCAUCAUUAUGAAGUCCUUAUUAACAUCUUAUUACGCCUGCCUAUGUUUUGCUGGUCACGGAAAUAUCAAUAUAAACAACAACAUAAUUACUGGUUAAUGUUAAUAGGCAACUAAUUCAUGGUUAAUAUGUGAUCCCCAAUCUAAAAUGUAACCAUUUAUUUUUGUGCACAACCUAAAGUUAAAGGCUCAGCUCAAACCAAAACUCCACCGAUUUAGUGCUACUAUAAACAUAUUAGCCAGGCUGCUGCGUCACAACGACUUAACCAAAUGUAACAUUAGAUGUUAGGAUGCUAAAGGAAGGUCAAUGCAACCUCUCAAACACACUUGUUUCUUUCAUAGAGCAGGCAGCUUGAUGUCGCAGAAGCUUCACAGAAUUGCUAUAACACAACGCGGGAUAUAGCAUUGAUUUGCGAUAAAGAUCACGAGUAAACGUGACCUUGACCUCAUCGCCUGCAUGUUCUGAGCCAGGCUCAUCGAGCAGCCAAAUAAAAUGUCACUGUUACACUCCCAGCACUCGAACAACAUAGAUGGAAAUCCUAAUUUAGCAAUGUGACUGUGUACAUUGAUGUGUUUAAAGAGAGACAGAGGACGUUUGUUACAAGUAACAAGUUGUUUGCACUCAGGAAAUGUAAAAAUGGAACAAAGUAUUUUACAUUAAAGAUGUAAAUGUUA